GCACUUGUAUGUUGUGUUUGGAGAAGUGUGUACCAAACACACUUCUCCAAACUUCUCCUUCUGUGUACCAAACACAGAAGGAGAAGUAGUUGAUGAGAACACCAAACACAUGGAGGAGGAAGUUGAUGUUGACAUUUCUUUUUAGAUUUACUCUUUACUAUGAAAAACCAGAAUAACUAGAAUCAAAUCAAUGGAAGUCUUAAAGAAGACUCUCGAUGCAGUCAGUCUGCAAUCCUCCACCAUGGGCGAGGACCAAAGCAGAGAUAAGAGAGAUAAAGUUAUUAAGAUUUACAGAAAUGAAUUCUACACUGCUGUGCUGGAUGAAGAUGUUAGAGGAAUAGAAAACAUGGUAAAGAAGUAUGGGAGCAACAGUCAGAUAGAGAUACAGGACGGUUCAUCAAGAGGAGUGUUCUGGAAGGGAUUUUCUAUCCUUCCCCUCCACCUGGCUGCUACCUACAGAAGAGUCCACAGCCUGCAGAGUUUGCUGUCAGCUGGAGCUGAUGCUCAAGUCAAGGACAAGCUGGGUCGGACGUCGCUACAUUUAGUCAUCAUCAACUGGCCGAUCACCACGACGACCCGGAUAAAACCUUCCUCCAAGUUCUGGGCAGCUGUGGAGAGAGCAAGCAGGCAGGCUGAAGCCUGUUUACAGCUGCUCUGUGAGCACGGAGCUGAUGUCAACGCGCAGAUAGAUGAUCAGAGUCAGCAAACGCCUCUCCAUCUGUCAGUGCGUUACAGAGCGCAGUCUGCUGUGUGGCUGCUGAUCAGCUGCGGCGCCAACGUGAACGUGGUGGACAGCAGUGGAAUGACACCUCUGCACAUGGCAGCAUCAAUCCUCCAUCAGGACAUAGCAUCUAAUUUAAUCAACCACGGAGCUGACGUCAACAUGAGGAUGCAUCACUCUGGGAACACUCCUCUGCACCUCGCUGCAGUUGCAGUGAUGACGAAAGCAACCAAAGUCCUGGAUGAAGACGUGAGCUGCGUCUCUGAGCUGCUGGAGCGCGGAGCAAAGCCAAACAUCGUAAACGAGGCCUGCAUGUCGCCAUUCCACCAAGCGUGCAACCUGGGAAACGAGCAGCUGGUGGACCUGCUGCUGAGAUACGGAGCUGGUGUCAACAAGCUGAGCGCAGCAGGGCAGAGCUGUCUGUUCCUGUUCCUGAACCACACGCCUAACAUGAGGAAUGGCUCCCUGCUGAUCAAACUCCUCACCUUGAGCGCUCCGCUCAUAGUCUGCAGCCACGACGGCCGCUUACCCUCCAUCUUAACUCAGCCACGCUUCUUUAAACAGAGAGAGCAACUGAUCCAACUUACCCAGCAGCCAAAGACACUUCGCGAUAUUUGAAAAAGUAAUAUUUAUCUGAAACACAUCAGAGGGAGAAAGGAGGAGCUGAAAAAAGUUCUUCCUGAAAGCUUGUACAACUUUGUCUUCAACCAAUGGGAGAUCCAAAACCUUUCGUUUGUGACAGACAGUGAAGAGGCGGCACAGCAAUUUGUAUGAACCUGAGCUACAAGAUUUGAUCCAUUCAGCUGAGAUAAAAUUUAAUGCCUUGCUAAAGUAUUCCUCCACCUUAGAGAUUUUCACUUCCCGUCACAUUAAAAACACAAACUUCCUUGAAUUGUAUGCUGAGCAGUACAUAACUAAACUGGAGGACAAAUUCUAAAAAACUUUUUUAAAUAAAAUAUCUAAACACCGAGGUGUGUUUCUAUUGAAUCUGUUACUCUAACACAGGAGUCUGCAGCCUUUACAAACUAAAGAGCCAUUUCUCCCCUCAGAUAAACAAAAGCUACUUAGAGCCAAAAUAUGUUAUAUAACCUUCGCUGAAAGGCAAACUUAAAUGCUUUAAUAAAUAUCAAUCAUAGGAAAUGCGUGGUCGUUCUUAGAGAAUCCUGAUUUUGUUUCUGUUUUUUGGCUUCAAAACAACGAAAAACAAAACAUUAAAAAAAAAACUAUGCAUUAUUCUUCUACGGGAAGAUAAUAUUGUAGAAAAUUAUGUAAAACAUUAAAAAAAAAGAUUGUUUCCAAGAUAAUAAUGAGAAAUAAAUAAUAUUACUGACAGCUGUGUCAUUUUGUUGUGAAACUCAAGGUAGAAUUGAUUAAAUACUGGGAAACAGUUAAAAAAAAAUUACAGUUGUUACAUCUAUAUUAAUUUUUUUUUUUGUGCUGCACCUUUGUGUUAGCCAAAUUUGUAAAGAGCCAUUGUGGAUGUUACAAAGAGUUACUUUCAGCUCACAAGUCGCAGGUUGCAGACCUGUGCCCUAACGCAUCUAUUAAGACUCCAUUACAGCCACUUACCUUCUAAAGUCACAGAAUUAAAAAGAAAACAGAGUACCUCAGAGAGUACUGCUGGCAAGGAAAUUGUUGUUCUCAUGGGGAGGUAACUCACUCUGUCAGAACAAGCAGUUCCUCUCCAAAACAGCUGGUGCUAACAGUGAUGUGUGCUCAGUUAGGUGUAUAUCUAUUCAAAGCUAAACGUCUCAUGGAGCUCUGAGCGACGCAUCAUCCACAACAGGAAUGAGUCAGACUUAGAGCCAGUCAAGAGGCCAGUGGCACCUCUGGAUGAGUUGCAGAGAUUCAUGGCUCAGGUGGGAGAAUGUGUCAACAGGACAGAUAAAAGUUAAUUCCAAUAAUGUCACAAUCCCUGCACCCCACAAGAAGUGUAACUAAACAGUUACUUCUUCCUACCACUUUUCAGACAUGUGUACAUGGGAUUUUUGUAUUUAUGUAUAUUGUUGGGUGUGUGUAUGUAGAAGGGUAUGUAUGUAUGUAUAGAUGUGUUCAUUAGAAAAUUAAUUUGGGUCUGCAUUCCUUUAAAGUGGAUGUAUUGAUUGAUAUAAAUUUACUUACAAGGGUUUAUUUUUUCUUUUUCUUGUACAUAUGUUCAACUGUGUGUGUGUGUGUGUGUGUGUGUGUGUGUGUGU